AUGCUUUUCACGAAAAUUGGACUCGAGAAUUUUGAGCAAACACUUGAGGUAUUCUUGGAAAGAUUGUGCAAAUGGAAGGGCUCUCAAAUUGUCGAGGAAACGAACGAAGCACAAUGGCUAGAAUGCUAUCUGCAAAUGGCAGUGAUCAAUCUUUCUAGCAUGCAUAAUUAUGGGAAUAACGAAGGCUCAUUUCUUAAUAAAUCCCCCAGUUCCCGCGCAAACAUUGACACGGAUCCCGCGUUCGCCGAAAAAUCUACGCUCACUUUUACGGUCAUGAAACAGUUCAUGUCCAAAUAUCUUGAUUCUUUACUAUGCCAGGAAGGAAAUGACGCUUCCGAAGGUUGGCUCUUAUAUUGUGAGGUUGUAAUGCUCUGGAUGGUCGCCGAUGGAAUUUUUAAUGGAUUCGGGGACGAGACAAAUAAAUUGAUGGGAAUGUACAUAUGUCAGAACUUCUGGGAAACAUUGGCGACAUUUCUCACAAGGAUAGCAUGUCAAGUAUCACCCUUUACCAAGGAAAAGAUUCUAGAGUCAUCAGGAAACAUCUCUCGUGAAAAGUUCGCAUUCACUCUUCUUCAUCCUCCGUUGAACGAGGACUGGGAAUUACGUGGCAUUUCAUGGCUUGGCCCAAUGUACGACCCGUAUUUAUCUGAAUGUGAAACUAGGUCCCAUAUCAAGUUUGAUGCGUAUGAAAUUGACGAUCUUAUGGGUGCUAUCUAUAAUGAGCGUAACUUGAGUUUGGACCAAGAUGCCAAAUCUCGCAGAAGAGCAAGAAUUAUGGAAUUAGGAUACAUCCUAUCCACGAAAAUCAUUGGCUUUAGCUAUAACGUCGAGAGUGCAUCAUUCACCUCUUGUCCGGAACUCGAUGUUGAAUGUGGAAACCCGGUCGUCGAGGAAAGUCAACCUUCAGAUAAAUUUUUUGUCGAAGAAAAAAUUUUAAACGAAUCGACUCAGAAAAUCGAAUUCGAAGACUCGGAAAGCGAAAUCGAUGAACACGAAGAGGAUGACGAAGGGAUCAAAGAAUUGAAGGAAUUAAAGAACCUUCUGGCGGCAUCUCGCAAUAAUGGUUUAUCAGCGCAAAAUCCUGCGUCGAAUGUAUCCAAGGCUCAUCAACAGAUCAUACCAAAGAAGGCGCUUUCCAGGAUUGUCCCUGGGUACACCAUACUCGUGGUAGAUACGAAUUGUCUUGUGGGAGAUCUUGUCAUGGUAAAGAAAAUUAUAUGCAGCGACAAUUGGGUGGUGGUUGUGCCUUUAGUUGUUGUCACUGAGUUGGAUGGUUUGAGGUUUAAUUCACCACCUCUCGGAACCGCGGCCUCGGAAGCGCUUGCUUUUCUUGAGCAGGCAUUAUCGAUGACAAACAAAGCAAGGAAGGUUAAGAUUCAAACGAGUAAGGGAAAUUAUGUCUCUGGAAUUAAUUACAGUGAAGAAUUUGAUUUCGGCAGUGGCGAGGAUAAGAAGAAGAAUAUGGACGACCUUAUUCUGGGAAUCUGUUUAUGGCACGCGAAGAACCACGAAGAGCAUAAUUACGAAAAUAAAAAUGAAACAGUCGUUUUAAUAACCAACGACCGAAAUCUUCGAGUCAAGGCUCGUGCUAGAGGCAUUGAAGUUACAGGAGCACAGGAUUUUUCUGGCUUGAUAUGA